AUGCGCCGGUUGGCCUCUGUAACUGCUUGCGAUUCGCUCCGCUCCUCUCACGCGCUGCUCACGCCUCUUGGCGCCCGUUCUACCUUCCUAGUCCCGCCUUGGCAGCCUCUCCAUCCAUUCCAUCCCAGCCCUAGCACUCCAACCCCGCUCUGCCCGUCAAACACCAACGCCAGCGCAUACCUCGACCUGCCACCCCUCGAUUGCCGUCUGAAAAUCCUCUUGGCCGUGUGCCUUCUCACCCGCAGCGAGGCAUUUGUCGACCUAUGGCCUCGCCUGGGCGACACCUGUCCACCCCUUCCAACGCCCUCCAAGGCAGCAAUCGCUCCCGACACUGUGGUAACAACACCCUCCAAGCUUGACGUUUCGUACCACGCUAUCGGGGCCUCUUGUGCCAGCCUUCCCUGUGAUGCGUCUCCAUUCCUGAGCCAGCAAGCCCACCUACAGUAG